UAAUGGCGCAUUUUUAACACUCAGAAGAAGGCUGACAAAAAAAAAAAUCUCUUAUCGUUGUCGUCGUCGUCGUCUGUGCAACAACUCCAAUGGAGAGCAUUGGCAGCCACCGUUACAGCUCUCCCUUCACCUUCAUCACCACCAGAAACUCCUCCUCCUCCUCUCUUCCUAAACUCCUUCACUUCACUCCCACAGUAUUCCACCAAUCAGAUCCACUCAGAACCUCUCGUCGUCGUCUCACCUGCUUUGCUUCUUCCUCCUCCUCUUCCUCACCCACCAUUGAGGAGCAAACCCGGAAGAACAAGGACGUGUCGGAAGGAGCGAAAGUGAAGCUGAACGUGAGGCUCAACCACCAAGUCGCGUUCGGCGAGCACGUGGCGAUGUUCGGAUCAGCCGAAGAGAUCGGCUCAUGGAAGGAGAAGUCUCCUCUCGACUGGACAGAGAACGGAUGGGUCUGCUCGCUCGAGCUCACCGGAGGAGGCCAGGAGGCUCUCGAGUUCAAGUUCGUCGUCGUGAGACACGACGGCUCUCUCUCUUGGGAGUCCGGUGACAAUCGUGUCCUCAAGCUUCCAAAGUCAGGAGCUUUCUCCGUCGUUUGCCACUGGGAUGCUACUGGAGAGGCCCUUGAUGUCGUCGUCGUCCCUCAGGAGGAGGAGAGUGAUAGCGAGAGUGAUGGUGAUGAAGAAGUGGAGGUUCGGAAGAGCACGUUGGGUGGGGAGUGGCGAGGGAAAGAGGCUUCCUUUAUGAGUUCUAAUGAGCAUGGAAGCAGAGAAGUUGGGAGGAGUUGGGAUGCUACUGGUCUUGAAGGCCCAGGGCUGAAGAUGGUGGAAGGUGAUCGUAACUCUAGGAACUGGUGGAGAAAGCUUGAAAUGGUGAGGGAGGUUAUCGUUGGGAGUGUUGAGAGGGAGGAAAGAUUGAAGGCGCUCAUAUUCUCUGCAGUUUACUUGAAGUGGAUAAACACAGGUCAGAUUCCAUGUUUUGAAGAUGGAGGGCAUCACCGUCCCAACCAUCAUGCUGAGAUCUCCAGACUUAUAUUCCGUGAGCUGGAGAACAUUUGCAGCAAGAAAGAUGCUACACCAGAGGAAGUGCUUGUUGCUAGGAAAAUCCAUCCGUGUUUGCCAUCUUUCAAAGCAGAGUUUACUGCAUCAGUCCCUCUAACUAGAAUCAGAGACAUCGCCCAUCGCAAUGACAUUCCUCAUGAUCUCAAGCAAGAGAUCAAGCAUACCAUACAAAACAAGCUUCACCGGAAUGCGGGUCCAGAAGAUCUAAUUGCAACAGAAGCAAUGCUUAAAAGGAUCACUGAGACCGCAGGAAAAUACAGUGGAGACUUUGUGGAGCAGUUCAAAAUAUUCCAUAAUGAGCUUAAGGAUUUCUUUAAUGCUGGAAGCCUCACUGAACAACUUGAUUCUAUGAAAAUAUCUAUGGAUGAGAGAGGUCUUUCUGCUCUCAAUUUAUUUCUCGAAUGUAAAGAGCGCCUUGACGCAUCAGGAGAAUCAAGCAAUGUUUUGGAGUUGAUUAAAACUAUGCAUUCUCUGGCUUCUCUAAGAGAAACAAUUGUUAAGGAACUCAAUAGCGGCUUGCGUAACGAUGCUCCUGAUACUGCCAUUGCAAUGCGCCAGAAGUGGCGUCUUUGUGAGAUUGGCCUGGAGGACUACUUUUUUGUUCUACUAAGCAGAUUCCUCAACGCUCUUGAAACUAUGGGAGGAGCUGUUCAACUGGCGAAAGAUGUGGAAUCAAAAGAUGUUUCCUCGUGGAAUGAUCCUCUAGAUGCUUUGGUCUUGGGUGUUCACCAAGUAGGUCUAUCUGGUUGGAAGCAGGAAGAAUGUUUAGCCAUUGGAAAUGAACUCCUAGCGUGGAGAGAGAGAGACCUACUUGAGAAAGAAGGGGAAGAGAAUGGAAAAACCAUUUGGGCCAUGAGGCUGAAAGCAACACUUGAUCGAGCAAGGAGAUUGACAUCAGAAUAUUCUGAUUUACUUCUUCAUAUAUUCCCUCCUAAUGUUGAGAUAUUAGGAAGAGCUCUAGGUAUUCCAGAGAACAGUGUCAAGACCUAUACAGAAGCAGAGAUUCGUGCUGGUAUAAUUUUCCAGGUCUCGAAGCUCUGCACUGUUCUUCUAAAAGCUGUAAGAAAUACACUUGGUUCUGAGGGUUGGGACGUCAUUGUACCUGGAUCAACUUCUGGGACAUUAGUUCAGGUGGAUAGCAUUGUGCCAGGUUCAUUACCAUCAGCUGAUGGUGGUGGUCCCAUUAUUCUAUUGGUCAACAAAGCUGAUGGCGAUGAAGAGGUAAGUGCUGCUAAUGGGAACAUAGCUGGAGUCAUGCUUCUCCAGGAACUGCCUCACUUGUCUCACCUUGGCGUUAGAGCACGGCAGGAGAAAAUAGUCUUUGUGACAUGUGAUGACGAUGAAAAGGUGGCUGAUAUGCGGCGACUUGUGGGAAAAUAUGUGAGUUUGGAAGCAUCUCCAAGCCAUGUGACACUGAAACCUUCAACUGAAGAAGAGAGGAGUCAUACUCCCAAAUCCAAUGCUACUACCAAGAAAAGUGUAUCUGUCGAAGAUUCAAAGGCUGUAUCCUCAUCUUCUGAUAGCCUCCUUUACUCAUCCAAGGAUAUACCUAGUGGAGGAAUCAUAGAACUUGCUGAUUCAGAUGCAUCAACAUCUGGUUCAAAAGCUGCUGCAUGUGGUCUUCUUGCAUCUCUAGCAGCAGCCUCUACUAGAGUGCAUAGCGAACAUGGAGUUCCAGCAUCAUUCAAGGUUCCAACCGGAGUUGUCAUACCUUUUGGCUCCAUGGAGUUAGCCUUAAAGCAAAGCAACUCAGAAGAAAAGUUCACAUCUCUGCUAGAAAAGUUAGAAACCGCCACACCUGAAGACGGUGAGCUAGACAUCAAAUGUGAUCAGAUCAACGAAGUGAUGAACUCACUGCAAGUUCCCAAAGAAACAAUCAGCACCAUUAGCAAAGCCUUCCCCAAAGACGCUCGACUCAUCGUUCGUUCAAGCGCCAACGUUGAGGACUUAGCAGGAAUGUCAGCAGCAGGACUCUACGAAUCAAUCCCCAACGUGAGUCCAUCAGACCCUUCGGUCUUCUCUGCUUCCGUUUGCCGAGUUUGGGGUUCUCUCUACACGAGGAGAGCUGUUCUAAGCCGUAGAGCCGCUGGUGUCUCUCAGAGAGAAGCUUCCAUGGCGGUUCUCGUUCAAGAAAUGCUUUCUCCCGACUUAUCUUUCGUCCUCCACACGGUGAGUCCUUCUGAUCCAGGCAGUAGUAACCUCGUGGAAGCUGAGAUUGCUCCUGGUUUGGGUGAGACUUUAGCUUCGGGGACGAGAGGAACACCGUGGAGACUCGCUUCGGGUAAGCUUGAUGGGGUUGUGCAGACGUUAGCGUUUGCUAACUUCAGUGAAGAGCUUCUUGUGUCAGGGAAAGGUCCUGCUGAUGGCAAGUAUGUUCGGUUAACCGUUGACUAUAGCAAGAAACGGUUAACGGUUGACUCGGUGUUUAGACAGAAACUUGGUCAGAGACUCGGUUCGGUUGGUUUCUUCUUGGAAAGGAACUUUGGUUGUGCACAAGACGUUGAAGGUUGUUUGGUUGGUGAAGAUGUUUACAUUGUUCAGUCAAGGCCACAACCUCUGUAAAAAACUUUUUUUUUUACUUUUAUAUAAAAUAAUAAAAAAUGUCAGAAAUCAAUUCGGCAUUUGCGUAUGUUUAAUAAUGAGAUGUAUAUUUACUAUACAUUUUUGAAAUCAUGUUUGCGGAGUUAUCAGAUUUUAAAUUA